AUGCAUUCCAAGGAGCUUGAUACAAGUCUUGAAAUAGACGUAGACGAUUCCUUUAACCAGUGUGAAUUUGAAUCAUCGUUUGAUUCCCGUGACGUCAAUGACGUUAGCAGUGGAAGUCGACGUCAUAAAGAACAUCGUCACACCAAGUCUGAAAUACCUGAUGACGUAAGACUAAGAAUCAAUAGCCGAGAAAGACAACGAAUGCAUGAUUUAAACUCAGCUCUGGACAGUCUGCGACAGGUCAUGCCUUAUUCCCAUGGACCAUCGGUAAAGAAAAUCUCCAAGAUGUCAACAUUGCUGCUAGCUAGGAAUUACAUACUUAUGUUGACUAAAUCUUUGGACGAGAUGAGAAAAUUAGUGCAAGACAUGUCGGCCGCAAAACCAGCAGAAGCACCAGUGAUGCCAUCUAUCGCUAUUCCUACAGCAACUCAUCUAACAGCGCCCCCUAGCGAUUUAGGAAGCCAAUAUUAUUAUCCAAGCGUGCCGACUGCAUCGGCCAGGUUUUCUCCUUACAAGACCCCAGCGUUUGUGCCAUAUAUGGACCCACCAACACACACGUCAUCUCCAGUGUCAAAACGCGUUACGUCAUCAAAAAGAUCGCUCUCCACACCACUUUCCGAUUCCACGAACAUUCAUGGACGUUCUUCGGCACCGUUCAAACAUUCUGUGUCUUCAAUUUUGGAGGAUAAGAAACCAUCCCAACCCAUGCCUUGUAAGCCAACAUCAUCGAUGUAUUCUCUCAGCGAGGAGUCACAAGCGAUAAUAUCCGGAGCUAUUCCGAACGUCAGCCCACAUCUUCUCGGAUUCCCUCGACAAGAUUGGAAGCCAUUGUAUUAA